CAUGGAUUACCCUAUAGUACGACCUUCACUCUUUUUCAAUCAUCUUUGCUUAUUUUCUCAGCUAGAAUGAGCACGGAUAAUAUAUCAGCUGGACUGCACAACCAAACCCGCAGUACGAAGUUCAAGUUUAAAUCGAAAGCGAAAAGAUCGCGACAAAAUGGAGAUGAAGAUGACCUACGUCGCGGGACAAAGCAACGACGACAUGAGGAGGAUAAAGAGUCACGUAGAUCUCGUAGACAUAAAACAAAGGAAAGGAAAUUGCAUGAGCCGUUAAGCGAUGAUCAAUCGGCCUACGACGACACAUUUACGAACAACGCGAGUUCCAGCAAUUACAUCGAUCCUGAAGAGGCAUUUCGAGAAUCGCUAUUUGACGCUAUGGCCGAUGAUGAAGGUGCAGCAUUUUGGGAAGGAGUCUACGGCCAGCCCAUCCAUAUCUAUCCAAACACAAAGCAGGGCCCAGAGGGCAAGCUUGAGCAGAUGACUGACGAGGAGUACGCUGAGUACGUAAGAGAGAGAAUGUGGGAGAAAACUCAUCAACAUGUACUUGAAGAGCGUGCUAAGCGAGAGGAGGCACGUAAGCGGAGAAAGGCUGAGGAAGACCGGUUCUGGGAGAAUGAGGAGAGAGCUGAACAAGCACGGAAAGAACGACGUGCAUUUGAGAAAGAAAUAGACGCUAGUCUUCGUAGAGGCGAAGAAAGAAAGGCUCAGAAGCGGUGGCAGGAUGCAUGGCAGCGCUAUGUUACUGGCUGGGAAAGCUUCAAGAAUAUACUUGAAAUAAAGAGUAAAGAAGAAGGCUCGUUAGCUGAUAAAAGUUCACGAGGCAUCAUCCCCUGGCCAGUGGAGAGUGGGAAAUGGAAACAUGUUGAGAAAACAGAAGUGGAGGAUUUCUUCCAGAAGGCAGUGCCCAAAGAGGAGGAUCUCAUGGGCGUCCUGAAAGUUGAACGUGUGCGAUGGCAUCCAGACAAGAUGCAGCAACGUUUUGGUGCAAACAAGCUGGACGAGGAGACUUCGAGGGCGGUAACAGCGGUUUUUCAAGUAGUGGAUCAAAUGUGGGGUGAUUUAAGAGCACGACAAGCAUGAGGUUAUGACCUUGGAACGAUUAUUCAUUUGCCGCAUUAUACCCCAUAGAGCAUUCAGCGAUAUUAGUCAAAUGAAAGAGAC